UAGUCUCGCUCACGCCCCCUUUAUUUUCAGGAAGGUGUAAAUACCACCUUUGUUUACGAUUGAUAAGUGGAUCGUUUGCAUUAAAUAGAACUAAAAAAUAUUGCAGUCAUAAUAAUAAACAAUCUUUAUUUUAUGAGUUGUAAUAUACAAAAAGGUGAGAUAUAUUGUAGAUAAGUUAACAUAGUAGCCGGAUUAAGUAGGUAAUUUAGACCAAGUAUUUUUAGAUUUAGUUUUUAGUCCAAUUCAGCAGAUUAUUCAGUCAAUUGACUAAUUGACACUGACUGACAAUCACAGUGACAACUUUAAAUUUUAAAAAAAAAAAAAAUGUCAUGCAGUAAUACAAUUUAUUUUUAGAUCAAUGGUCUGAAUGGUGAAUGAUUCAGCCCCUGGCCCAUGUCUCACAUUGAUUGAGUCUGAAUCCGAUAAUCCCCUUUCAGCCAUUCUUAUAACUAUCACAAUUAAUUUAAUGUAAUAACGUAGCCACGGCCACAGCAUUCAGAAUUAAUAAUAAUAUUAUUAACUCUAAAUGCCGUGGCUACGUUAUUACAAUAAUACUAGAAUCUAUAACUAUACUUUGAGUUUAUAUUUGACGCAGCAGUGUUUUUCUACUUUGAUAUUUUCUUCAAAAUCAAUUUAAAUUAAAUUAUUUAUUUAUAAUUUGCUUCCUCAUGUCUUGUUUUUUAUCCACUACAGCUAACCAAUAACAGUCACAUAAUUAAAUAGUAAUAGUAUCACAAUAACAUUAAUUAUCAACUUCUAACUUCUUAUGAUUUAUCAAUGUUAAUGUUCUUGGUAAAACACAGAGCACUCCACUCAAACAAAAAGCUCAGUCUCUUUUCAAAAUUCUGACAACAACAUACACUCAAGAACCUACACCUACACGCCUCACAGUUAUUCUGAUCUCAAAAUGAAUGAAUGAAUCACUUAACGCCUUGGUACUGACCAACAAAAACUCAAGAGAAAGACUUUAAACAAUAUACACAAAGUAAUCAAAACAAAUUUCCAUUUAUUUUGUUCAAAAUGAUCAUUCUCUUUUUAGAGCAGCUUAAGGUUAAGCUCUUUGAUGGCCUUAGCAAGCACAUUACAGGCAUGCCACAUCUUUUUGGUGUCACUAUAAAUCAGACUAACUCCACCACUUCUCAGUAUCUGAUGCUCUGCUAGCAAGGGCACAACUGUCUCUGGCGUCUCUGGGGCCUACCCACAGUGGUGGCAACUUGGAUGCAGAAGAGAAUUCAGUCUGUUUAAGUAGCUUUGAGUCAGACAGUGUUCUGAUCUCUUUUAGGUUAUGAGGCUCUGGUGGCCUUGUUAUAAAACCCACCACUGAUCCCUUUUUGUGGGUGUGGUGUGUUCCGGUAUAUCUUACCAGCCAUUUCUCUGUUUACCAAUCCUUACACCAUAGCUUUCAAAAAAUGAUCUUUUAACCCAUAUCCAGAAAUUUGUUUAAAGGACAUUUGGUUGACUGAUUGAUAGACGGAAGUUUGGUCGAACAGAAAUUUUGUAGAAUGGAAAUUGGUCUAACGGAAAUUUAGUCUUAGAUUUUUAGAAUGUCUAUUGUUAAAAAGUGAACUAACCAACUGCCUAUUCUUUAAAAUCCUUUUGAAUUAAAAAAAAAAGCUUUAGUCUUACAUCCAGAGUUGACUAAUUGACAUUUAAUCAAACUUUUCAUCAUAAUAAAAAAUAAUAAUAAAGUUCAUUUAAAAAUCACGCUUCAUCCCCAAAGGCUCGAAGCGCGGUACAAAGUCAACAAAAAACAAAUCUAUAAUUUACCACAUUUAAAACAAACGCAAUACUACAAAAACUAGUUACAAGCAUACAAUGUCAAAGUCUUUCAACCCAUUUCAACCGUGAGCAACACAGCUAAUAUGCAUUAAAUGGAAAAUAUGGUAGACAAUCAUCCCAGAAGGUGUUUGCGAAAUAAAUGUGUCUUUAAAUCGGUUUUAAAGGACUCCAGUGUCUGGAUGUUUCUGAGAUCGAGUGGAAGGGCGUUCCAAAUUGUUGGACCAGCAAAUGCGAAAGUGCGCUUUCCGCAAGUCUCAAGGCGAACACGUGGUGUCAAGAGUUUGCCACUGUCGGAUGAGCGGAGUUGUCUAGUGGGUACAUAAGGCGUCAGCAGCUCUUUCAGAUAGGACGGCGCCAGGCCAUGUAGACAGCGGUAGCACAAAGUUGCGAUUUUGUACUCUAUGCGAGCACGCACCGGCAGCCAAUGCAACUCUCUCAGAAGUGUUUUUGCAUGGUCGAACUUGCUUUUGCGGAGAACAAUUCGAGCCGCAUUAUUCUGUGCUAUCUGAAUUUUAUCAAGGAGCAUAGCUGGAAGACCCACCAUGAGAGAAUUGCAAUAGUCCAUGCGUGAUAGCACAAAUGCAGACAUCAGCCUCUUUGUUGCAUCAAUUGUUAGGAAGGGCCUGAUGUGGCUAAUCCUGCGCAGCUCUAGAAAAAUCGCCUUGCAUAGCAUGUUAAUGUGACUUUCCAAGGUAAGUCUUCAGUCUCGGUAGACACCCAGGUACCGCACUGUUUGAGCUAACUCAAUACGCACUCCUGAAAGAGUAAUUGAUGUCGUGUUAUUUGCAGAUUUUUGCUUCUGAGCGGUCGCGAUGGGGAGCAGCUCAGUCUUAUCAUCGUUCAAUUUGAGCUUGUUUAUGGUCAUCCAAAGCUUAACUGAUUCAACUGUCUUCUGUGUCAUAGUGAGCAGCUGAGGGAACUUAGAGGGGAGCACGGAUUGAUGAAUUUGAGUGUCGUCUGCGACCACAUGCAUGUCAAACUGAUUGAUCUCUGCGCCCAGGGGCUGAAUGUAUAUCGUGAAAAGCACCGGGCCUAAGACCGAGCCCUGGGGUACUCCGAAUUGGAUAUUGGAUUUCUUCGAAUUCAGGCCGUUUGAAAUAACUGACUGGACCCGAUUAGUCAGGUAUGAUCGGAACCAACUCAGGACGGUAUCAGUGAGACCGAACGUUUUUUGCAGACGCUGGAGCAGUAUGCCGUGAUCAAGCGUAUCGAAAGCUGCCGAUAGAUCGAGUAAAGACAAAAUCGAUACCUGGCCCUCAUCACAAGACGACAGAAGGUCGUUUACGACGCGCAACAGAGCUGUCUCAGUAGAGUAAUGCACUCAGUAGAGUGAUGAAUAUCAUGAUAGAAUUUUUUAAGGCAAUAAUUUUUCAGCAUUUUUCAACCAUUAAUAUUUUUAAAAAUUACAGUAGGAAAAUAAAAUAUAAAAUCAUUGGCUUAUUUAAUAGUUUGUGAUCAAAAUUAAAUUCUAUUUCAGGUAAAAAGUCAUGACAAUUUUAUACAGUUGUGUAGCCAGAGGUACCAAUGUCCUGUGCUCCAAUCAGACAGGGAAUGGCAAUUUCCCAGAAACUUUACAUUCUAUGCUUCCUAACAUUCCAACACAGAAUGAUGGAAAGAAAACUUACACAUCUAACAAGUUAGUUUCAGUAUCAGUUUUGUUCAUUUUCAUAAUGAUCUUUUUUAGCUUAAAUUUAAUACAUUUUUAUUUUAUAGGAUCCUGUGAAUUUAAAUGUUGAUUUUUAAAAAUAAUUUGAGCAUUACAGAGUAUGAAUUUCAUUGUUUCUGGUAUAUCAGAAACCAAAUAACAAUUUAUAAUUAAUAAUUGUCAAAUGCCCUUUUAAAACAUUUAUCAAUAAAAUAUGCAGUAGUAUUUUUAGUCAUCAAUAUCAAGCUAUGUUUUUCAGUACUAAGGGUUUCACAUUGUUAUUUUGAGUCUAGAUUUAAAUACCUGUAUUUAGUAAGUUUUUUUGCACCAUUUAAGAUUAAUUUUGUCAUUGAUGAAAUAUUUCGUAGGAAUAAUAAAUUCAGUUAAAAUAAAUUUCUAAGCCAAACAUUAACUUACUCAAGGUUUAAGAAAAAUCAAAGAAGUGCAAAUAUCCAGGAAAUGUGAUGAGCUCUCCAACAAACUGUACUUUACUGCAAUAUUUACAUGUUGUUUUUUCCAGCUUUGAAUUUCACUGCCUGAUAGAGAAUGGCAUCCUUUUUAUUUGUGCCACAAACAGUGGUGUCAGCAAGCAGCAGCCUUAUGGUUUUUUGAAUGAGGUAAUGUUCAAUCAAGUUUACAAAGCCAGAAACAAAAUUGAGGACUCAAACAUAUGUUAGAUUCCAACUUUGAAUCAGAAUAAACCUCUGAUUCUGGCUUCAGAGAAUUAAAAAAAUAAGGUAAAAUAAGAAGAAACACACUGUUAGUGAAAAUGUGAUUAAAAACCCCCACAAAACAAGAAACUUGUGGGUUCUAGAUUGUUCACGGAAUAGGAGAUAGUAUAGCUACACAAGAAGUAUUAUGGACUGACACAUUAGUUAUUUUGUGGUGUUAGUUAUCAAGUUUUGAUUUAAAGUGUGUUCCUUAUUUCCUCAUUUUAAAUCAUGAUCAAAGUCUUCCAUUUUUCCCACUGGCUUAGAGAAAUUUCUACUGUUAAACAUGAGUUUUUCAAUUUCACUAAUUGCCAAUGUUACACCACUUAAACAAACAAUAUUGAGUGUGAAACCAUUAAAAAAUAAAUAUACUUUUGAUUGACUAUAACACUGCAUGUUUGUUUUAAAUAUCUGCAAGCUCCCAUUCCAGAAGUUUCUGUUUAUAUUUUUAUAAGGGAAUAUUAUUCUUUUUGAAAAUAUAAUUAAAAGUGUUUGUAUUAAUAUACUAUUGGAAGGCACUUACUAGUUUUGAAUAAUUCACAGGUAAUAUUGUGUAUGCACUUUUGUAUGUAUAGAAAGUUGAUUUAUAAAAUAAAACACAAUAGUUUAUAUCCAAAUUUUAUUUAGGUUAUUUUUACAAAUUCUUUCAAAUAUGAUUCAGAUUAAGAAGCGAUUUCAGUCCGGGGCGUUAGCUGGUCGGGCAGUAACAGCAUCAGCUGGAGACUUAGACAGGGAUUUUAACUUUGUCUUAUCACAGCAAAUGGUAAGUCUUAACAAUUCUGUUUUUGAAAUUAUGAAACUUGGUAUUAAAGCCAGAAUAUCUUACAUGGGCAUUAGUAAUAUUUUUACAACAUUUCCGUCUGGUCAUAAUUUAUAACAAAAAAUUCUAUAGUUCAAAAAUACAGCCAUGCAAUGCGAUAAAAGUGUUAGUGCUUUUAAAUUAAAUAGAUAAAAAAAUGUAAAGCAGUACAAAAAAUCCAGAAGUCCUUCUACAAAAAAAAAAAGUUAAAGUCACUUCUAAAUACUUGCAGAACUUUGAAAUGGGAUGCAGACUCCAAGACAAGGGUCAGACAAAAGCAAACAUAGAAGAUGACCAAGGCAAUUUUUUGUAGAUUAGAGUAUUGAUUAAUUUGAGAGAGAGUUACUCAGUGAGAGUUACUCAGUUCGUCAUCCUCACUCUCUGGUCCUUGCCUAUUUGAUCUUUGCCUUUUUUUUUGCUAAAAUACUGAAAUGACAGGAAAUAGACCAGGAUGCAGUAGAUGACCAGCAAUGACCCACUCUUUAUGCACUCUGUGUGGCAGAGGUUGUCAGAAUUUUUAUUGUGUCAAUGUCAUAAUGCCCACGGGACUCCAUCUCCGGGAAUGAUUUCAGAGUUUGCCUGCUCUUAGAUAAGUUGAAAUCCAAGUUUAAUGAGUCCCAUCCCUUCAGAUCUUCUGGGGUUUGAACUCCAGUCCACUAGCUUGGGAUUGACCCAGUUUAGACCACUCGGCCACCCAGAACCUGCUUAGAUAAAAAUGAAACACACAAAAAGCUGAUACUAUUUCAAGCAAUGUUGAUGUUCUAGAAACUAAAUUAACAGUUAUAUUUGCUCUUCAUCUUGAGUCUAAAUGAAUUUAUUUGUGACGUUUGACAUGUUUCCCAUUGCUCACAUAGCUUUUAUAUUUCAGUAUUUUAUCCUUGUCAGCAUUUGCUGGUGUGGGCAAUUAGAAGUAUUUGUCCGUCUGACAUAUCUCUGUGCUGUUUUAUGAUUUGAGUAGUAAUUAGUUUGGUAGUGAUGGAGUGAUGAGAAUAUUGAUUAGCACUAUAAUAAUGGUAAUGUUUACAAUAGUUGUUUGUUUACUCAAACAGAAAUAAACACAUUCGCUUAUGGGUAAGUUGUUUGACAAGGAACCAAGGGGAAAAAGUCCCCUGACCUCCUGACCCAUAUUUCCCUUAUCUUUACUAAGCCUUUGAAAGUCAUUGCUACUAAAUGGAUAUAAAAUAGAUUUGUUGAUAUUCAUAAAAUGAUGCAUCCCCCAAACAAAGGCUUAUUUUAAAUCUGUAAUUGAUGUUUCCUUGGUGAUUAUAUUUUUUUAUGUCUUCAAGGAAAAAUACUCGCAGCCAGGGGCAGGUGCCAACCAAGCGGUGGCAACCAUCCAGGCACAGAUUGACGGGGUCAAAGAUGUCAUGACUCAAAACAUUGAGAAAGUUCUACAGCGGGGAGAGAGGUUGGAGGAUUUGAUGGACAAAAGUGAGGAACUGGAGGCAGGGGUCAGUACAUUUGAUUGUGUCAGGGGUCAGUACAUUGGAUUGUGGCGGGGUCAGUACAUUGGAUUGUGGCAGGGGUCAGGGGUCUGUACAUUUGAUUGUGGCAGGGGUCAGUACACUUGAUUGUGACAUGUUUAUUACUUUCUAUACAAUUUUGUGAAAUCUACUCUACUAAUGAAUGACAUUAUUUAGCAAUUGUGUGACAUCCAUUAAACACAAUUUUAUGACAGAUCUCAUCCAAAGCUAUAAUAUUAUACAAGGUAAUGACAUCUAUUAUACAUGGUUAUUUCAUCUAUUAUACAAGGUUAUGAAAUCUAGUAUACAAGGUGUCACAUCUGUUAUACAAAGAUAUGACAUCUAUUAUACAAAAUUGUACAUUUUUUCAUGAGUUAACACCACUUUGUUAACAAUGAAUGCGAUUCACCUGUCUCAAAGAUUAAAAAAUAAAAACUUUUUUGCUCAGGCGUCGUCCUUCCAGAAAACGGCAAGAAAAAUACAAAAGCGUUACUGGUGGAGAAACAAAAAGAUGACACUCAUCCUGGCGUGUGUCGUGUUUGUGAUCCUGUUUAUUAUUUUGAUGAUCAUCUUGUACUACACUGGCGUCCUCACAGGUGGCAGCAGUGAUGCUGACAACAAAGGAACAACCACAGUCAAACCUUAAAGAACAUCAAGUAUUAGUUAUUUGUAGCAUGUCAUUGAAACAUACCAUGCAAUCAAAGUCAACGCACCUACAUUUAGAACAGAGGCGCAAGAUAAUUUGUGACUUUUUAUUUCUCUUUGUCUUUACGAAAAUGUGAGAAAAAUUUUAGUCUGUAAAAUGAAUUGAGAAAAUGAAACUUGACAAGUUAAAUUCAAAUUAUUUAUUGAAAACCAGAAAAUUAAAAAACUGUUCCUCACAAACAUUUUUUUUUUUUUACUUAACAUUCAUGAAAAGUCUCAUAAGAUUUAAACACAUUAAUUUUGAAGUUUGAGAAUCACCAUAGAUUUUCUAUAAGAGUAGAUUUUUGUAAAAUGAAUUGAGAAAAUGAAACUUGACAAGUUAAAUUCAAAUUAUUUAUUGAAAACCAGAAAAUUAAAAAACUGUUCCUCACAAACAUUUUUUUUUUUUUUUUACUUAACAUUCAUGAAAAGUCUCAUAAGAUUUAAACACAUUAAUUUUGAAGUUUGAGAAUCACCAUAGAUUUUCUAUAAGAGUAGAUUUAAUGAAUACAAUUUUAUGUGCAUGCUAAUCAUGCCCAAUCUUUUGAAGGAUCUUCAGCAAAGAUAUUGAAUGAUAAUUUGUUAAAUAUUGGUUACUUCAUAUUGUCAAAACUAUUUGCUGUUUCUCAUCCAUCCAUAAUAAUUACCUUGGUUAUUAUUUGAUAAUUUAAAAUAAGCUUGUAAGUUAGUGUAAAUUUCUUCUGUCAGAUGUCAUUCAUGCAUCAAAUAAUUUUUACGGUGCAUUAGUUCUUUUUAUUUCAAAUAAUUUUAACCGCUCCUAUUCCAUUACACUUUUAAUGAUAUUUUUAGAGUUAUUAACAAAAAUUAAGAUGAGAUGAAGGAAGUCAAAAUAUCAGGGUUUUUAAAAUACUUUAUAUUAACUUCGCUUUUGUUGAAGGUGUUGUAAGAGGAAAUAGGUUGAAAACCAUUGCUCUCUAGCAUACAGAUUAUGUGAAAUUUAAGUCAAUUCAUAGAAAUAGCUAUCAAGCAAUGAGUGAUUUUUAGUGUUUGAUCAAUGUCGUAACAGCCAUUUUAUUUCAUCUGUUGAUUGCAUGUGUGUGUUAAACUUUUAUAUAUGUAUAUACAUACCUGAACUCAGCUAUUGCCAUAAUCACAUCCACUAUACACUGACAUUACUGACUUUGCACUGACAUGACUGAAUGUACACUGACAUGGCUGACUGUACACUGACAUGACCGACUGUACACUGACAUGACUGACUGUACACUGACAUAACUGAAUUUACACUGACUUUACACGGACAUGACGGACUGUACAGUGAAAUUUGGUUAAUCUGUUUUUCACUUAUGCAAAUAAUUUAUCACUAUACAAAAGUCAUAAAAAUAUUCAAAGCAAGUUAGCGUAGUCAGAAAUUGGCUCUAUUAACAACAUAAUUAUUGUUUUAAAUUUAUUUUACCUUCAUGAUUAUAUUUCAAAAGCCUGCAAGGCCCGCAAGGUUCAAAUGUUCAAUGAAAACUUUUACCAGAUAGUUAAAUGUAAAGUAAAACAUAUCAUAUGCCAGUCAUGUGGGCCAGCAGCAACACAAGUUCAGAGUGAUCAGGUCAUAAGUGAUUGAUUGAUCAGAUCAGAAGUGAUUGAUCAGAUCAGAAAUGAUGGAUCAGAUCAGAUAUGAUUGAUUGAUCAGAUCAGAAGUGAUUGAUCAGAUCAGAAGUGAUUGAUUGAUCAGAUCAGACAUCAUUGAUUAGAUCAGACAUGAUUCAGAUAAUUUGUCUAAUUCAUUUAGGUAUAAAAUAAUUGAAUAAUUAUUUAAUACAUUUUAUAGAAAUUCCCAAUACUAUAUUGAAAGGGCUUUCAAUCUUAAUGAUUUAAUUUGUCUUGUGAUGUGCUGAAUAACUGACAAAUGUUAAAUACAUGAAUGUAUUUAAAUUACUAACUUUAAUUUAUAAAAAAUUCUUUUUUUUUUAGAUUGUCAUAAUUCUUAAUAAAAAACACAUCAGCUAUUUAAAUAUGCUAUUUAAACAAUGUCAUAAUGUUAUUAAUUAUAUCAAUACACGGUUUUCUUUAAACAAUUGAAAUUUAAAUCUUACACUUAAAUGCUAAGAAACUGAUAUACAUAUUAAAUGUGCCUGAACAAUACACACAUGAUUAUUUUUAUGUACGUUAAAUGUUAACUUGAUGACAUUCCACUUAAUCCAACUUUAUUUUAAUAUAUUGAAAAUCAUGUUGAAAUGUCCAACUUUAUGUUAAAUUGCCAAACUUUACUUAGAUUGAGUUGCCCAAUUUGCCUUGAAUUGCCCAACUGUAUAUUGAAUUGUUCAAAUAAUUUAUUUGUACUGUUGGCACGUCUUACUAUUUUGUGCAUUUCAUAUUUUUUAAAAACCAUAAAGGUUUAUAUUUUAAAAUUCCUAUUACCCUUUUCUCACCCACAAUUAUAUUAGGUCUUCUCUAUACACAAUGUAUACUCAAUUCUGUUCGCUAUGAUAUUUUUAUAUUUGCUGUGAAACUUUUGACGAAUCAACAUAUUGAUACACACUUGAAAUAAUUUUGUCUUUAUAAUCUUGAGCACAAUCAGAUGAGAACCACACCUUUUGGUGUCACUUUAACCUACCAUACGGUGAUUUUUGUAUUUCUUGUGUUUUUCAUUAGUUUGGUGUCAUCUUUCCGUAAUAUUUCAUUUAAUGGCCGCCCUUCAAAUCCUAAACUUAAUUUUAGAGGCAAUGUUUUAUUAUCUGUUAUUUUUUAAUAACAUUGAUUUAAACAUCACAAGUAGAAGUGCUGUGUUGGUUUGGUCUUUAAUUGGGAUCCCAAAAUGUUAUCAUUUUUAAACUUUUUUUUAAAAGCAUUCUAUUUGCAGAUGUUAUGCCUGGGCUGUAAAAAAGAAAUUGUUUAGCGAAUGAGGACACUUAAAAUCUGUGAAGAUAAGGAUGGCUCGACCAAGUACAUUGGGGCCUAUGGAUUAGUUGCAGGUUUAUAUUUAUCAAUAUCUAGCAAUGGUUCUGAAAAUUGUCCAGUUUACAUCAAUUGGUAGGACUCUUGGUCAACUCCAGGUUGAGACUCACUGAUCUAGACUACUAAAAUAGUUUUAGUUUAUUUAAAUUCUGAACAUUCCUGUAGCCUUGUUAUAUCUCUAUAUGAACUAACUUGUUUCCUAUAUUAACCAAUAAACUUGAUGACAGCCA